AGGUGUGGCGGGCGGCGUUGUGACCGCUGCUGGGGACGCGCAGAAGAAGACGCUGUCCGAAGCGUCAUUUCCGGUUUAGAGAACCGCUACCAAACAACAAAAUGGAAGGGAAAAACAAUCUAGACGAUCUGGAUGCUCGCCUUCAAGUUCUCGAAAAACGCGUUCACGGGGAAAGAGGAGGAAAAAACAAUAAGCCAGUGAAGUGUGCUGAAUCACUCACAAGGAUCAGUGGUGCUCUUGCAAACACCGCAAACAAGAGAGAACGCGUCAAGAUCCUUCACAAGAAAAUUGAAGAUUUGCUGAAGUAUUUGGACCCCCAGUUCACAGACUUCAUUGCUGUGCCAGAUGCAAUGAAAUUGGAGUUUAUUCUAGCAGAGGAAGAGUUCUUGCGUUCCCAGGCCACAUUGUUGGAGCAGGUACACAAUCUGCAGCCUCUUCUGGACAGUAACCACAUUAAAGCGGUUCCAGAGUUGACCACUAAAGUGCAGAGGUUGUCACAAAUUCACAUUCAACAGCAGGACCAGAAUGAAGAAUUGUCUGCUGAAGUGAAAAGGCUGUUUGAAGAAUACAACAAAAUGAUGUUUCUUUUAUCAAAACAGUUUUCACAGUGGGAUGAAACUCUUCGGAUGCUGGAAGGACCCAAGCAAGGCCAGCCAAUAGAUUAGGAUUGUAAUGCUUAGAUUGAUGGUUUAUUGUAAAAUGUUGCAUUUAGCUCUCUUCAUUACAGAUAUGAUUAAUAAAACAGCACUGUCAUUCCUAAACAUACCUUGUUGUAUUUAAGUGUUGUUUAAGGCUUUUGCCUACUCCUCUUACUGUAUUAUCAAUAAUUAAAUGCUCAUUACAUUUGUGUUUACAGAAAUACAUUUCUGACAUUCUACUACCAUUCUCCUCUGAAGUAAAGACUUGGGGAACUCGUUUUGCUUUUUAAUUUAUUUAUUCCAGCAGUUGUGAGGAUGAUGUGCAUAUGAAGGUGGUUUUUUACUGCCUUUACAAAAGUUGCACUUCCUAAAUUACCAUAAAUAAACCUGAAAGUACCGCUGUA